AGUGCAGCAAAGGAAAAACAAACAAAAGGCCAGCACACCGGCAGGGUGCUGCCUGGAGCAAGGACCAGGUAGAAUGGAGAGCAGAGCGAGAGAGUUGGCGUCUGGGAAGGCGGGGUUAAGUAGACCUUAAUGGGAACACUGGCCAGGUGUUCCCAGUCAGCUUAAUGGCAGACUGGACAAACCUGGAAGACAAAACACACACACCAGUACACCGAACACUAAACACCAGGCCUGGGGGCCGUCACACCCUCCCAACUCAUGCUUUCCUACAUCCUCCAUGCUGUUCCUCUCGAACCACUCCAAUCACAACACUUACUUCAAAAUAACUAUGAUGCCAUUUGGAACAGCAACGAUGGUGACAAGCAGGGUGGAGGCAGAAGGUGGUUGCCCCUUGGGCCAGUUCCCCUGUGGGAACAUCAGUGUGUGUCUCCCUCAGGUGCUGCAGUGUAACGGACACACAGACUGUCCCAACGGAGCUGAUGAGGACCGCUGCGGGGACAACAUCGGAUGGGCGGACUUAUUUGGAGAAACAUUUCAGAAAACCAGUCCCACGGACCAGUCAUCCCAGAAAGAGUGUUUCUUGCAGGAGUAUCCAGAGAGAUGUGACUGUAUACAGACAGAAGUGGAGUGUGUGAAGGUCAACUUAAAGGAUGUUCCUCGGCUGUCUCCCAACAUUACGUGGUUGUCUUUGAAGAGCAAUGAGAUCCGAGUGUUGUCCGACAAUGUCUUCUCCGAAUACUCUGCCCUAGAGAGACUGUUCUUGCAAAACAACAGCCUCCAGACAAUUUCCAGACAUGCCUUCAGUGGCCUGUACAAACUGAAGAGGUUGUUUCUGAGCGAGAACUUGAUAUCCUCUCUUAUUCCUGGUGUGUUCAGGGACCUCCAUCAGUUGCAAUGGCUGGUGCUGGAUCAUAACCCGCUGAGGAGCCUGUCCCAGGACACCUUUGUAGGCCUCCAGUCCCUCAUGUACCUAUCCAUGGUGGACGCCUCGCUGCAGCACCUGUCUCAUCCAAGCUUCUGUAAACACAUGCCUGCUUUGGACUGGCUGGACCUUGAGGGAAACCAGAUUCAAACUAUCAACUAUUCCAUCUUGAAGACCUGCAGUAAACUUGAAGUUCUCUUGCUGAUGGACAACAGGAUCCAAAGUGUCCCUGAAAACACUUUCCAGUCUCUGUGGAAACUGGCUGAGUUGGAUCUAUCCAGCAACAGGAUCAGGGAGCUGCCAAAAAACACGUUCAGGAGCCUGUCCAAGUCCCUCCUCAAACUAAAUAUUUCCCACAACCCCCUUCUCCGCAUUCACCCUGGCCACUUUAACCACCUGACCCAUCUGCAGUCUCUAGCGCUGGAAGGCAUUGAGAUCCCAGAUAUUCAGAUUAAGAUGUUUCUGGCUAUGGGAAACCUCUCCCACAUCUACUUUAAGAGGUUCCAGUAUUGCUCCUACGCGCCCCAUGUCAGGUCCUGUAAGCCCAACACUGAUGGGAUCUCUUCAUUUGAGGACCUGCUGGCUAACAUGGUCCUGCGAGUGUCCGUCUGGGUCAUGGCCUUCAUUACCUGCUUUGGCAACCUCUUCGUCAUCGGCAUGAGAUCAGUGAUACGGGCUGAGAACAACCUGCAUGCCGCCUGCAUCAAAGUCCUCUGCUGUGCAGACUGCCUCAUGGGUGUGUACCUUUUCUUUGUUGGAGUGUCUGAUGUUAAAUUCCGCGGGCAGUACAACCGAAAUGCCUUGCUCUGGAUGGAGAGUGCUGAGUGUCGGACUAUUGGAUUCCUUGCCAUGCUCUCCUCCGAGGUGUCUGUUCUCCUCCUGUCCUACCUGACUCUGGAGAAGUUCCUGGUCAUCGUCUUUCCCUUCAACAACCUGCGGCCAGGCAAACUGCAGACUGUGAUUAUCCUGGCCUCUAUCUGGAUGCUGGGGUUCAUUAUUGCUGCUGUGCCCCUAAUGAAUGAAGACAUAUUUGGAAACUACUAUGGCCGCAACGGGGUGUGCUUUCCCCUGCACUCCGACAGGCAAGAGAAACCCACUGCCAAAGGAUAUUCUACAGGAAUUUUCUUGGGGAGAAGACAAAGUUUAUCAACAGUCCCCCCCAUUUCUUGGUGUCUGAACCUGGUGGCGUUCCUGGUGAUCGUCUUCUCCUACUCCAGCAUGUUCUACUCCAUCUAUAAGACUGGCAUCAACGCCACAGACCUGAGGAGCAGACUGCACAAAGAUGUGGCUGUGGCCAACAGGUUUUUCUUCAUAGUGAUCUCUGACGCCCUCUGCUGGAUUCCCAUAUUUUUGGUCAAAGUCCUCUCACUGUUGGAGGUUGAGAUUCCCGGCACUAUCUCGAGCUGGGUAGUCAUCUUCAUCCUUCCCAUCAACAGUGCCCUGAACCCCAUCCUGUACACCCUGACCACCAGCUUCUUCAGAGAGCAGGUGGAGCUCUUACUGUGUCGCUGGCAGAGGAGAUACACUCUGAAAAAAGACCGCAAAAGCCUCACCUCCUCCACAGUCUUCAUGGAGAACUCGCGGGCUCCUUGCUACCAGCCGCCAGCCUACCUCCCACGUGUGUCAUUGACAGGCACAGACCCUCGCUAUGGCUGAGGGAGGUGUAAACUUAAACUAUGGGUUGGAGGCCCAAAAUUGUUUAUAUACCCAUUUAUUUUGGGUUCCCAUGUGUCUGUAGCAUCUUGUGUUUUAAUGAUACCGAGUGCCAAGCGAAACAAGCUUAACAGCCUAUGAGUUAUCUCAUCAUCCUUUGUUAUAAAAUUACAAAAACCACAACAAAACAGGAAAGACAGGAUCAAAGAGGGAGAGGAACACAUCCAGUGUACUGCUGUGGUCAUUGUGAUAUUGCUCUAGGUGAUAGGAAGUCAACAACAGGAAUAUCAAAAGACAAGAAGGGGAAGAUGCUGUAAUGGAUGAAAUGAUAAUGAUAUGAUAGGAUCACAGUGGAUAUAAAGUGACUUAGAAAUGCAUGUACACCAUGUAUUUUAAGAACUGAAAAGUGAGCCAAGCCAACUGGAAGAGACUGUCAAGCAGGAGCAGUACUCUCAAUGUUUUCCUCACUCCCCCACAUGACAAGUCUUACUGCAGUGACCCCUCGCUCAGCAGCUGAGUCUGUCUCUCAUCUGCCUGGAAGUCUCUUCUGAAGAGAGGCUAAAGGAUGAAGCUUCCUUCGACUUGCAAUGCAUCAGACUUUGAGCCAAGAAGUGGAUGCGAGGAUAGUAAAUGGUUCAGUUUUAAGUUGUAUGUUACCAUCAUACCACUCAAAAAUGUGAUCUGUAUCUGGACAUGUUAUCUGGAUAAGGAAAAACACAUUAACGCAAGGUGUAAAUGCAAGUCCUGAUAUCAGAUUUCAUUCUCCAAAUAACAUGUCUGGUAGAGAGAUCACAUUUUAAUGCCAGGUGUAAAUGGUGCCUUCGAGGAAAAACCUGUAAGACUUGAGACUUGACCAUAUUGACAGUCACUGAGUUCUGCACAAUUACAUGUAGCAGCAGCAGCUAUCCCCCUGUUCCCAUUUUAAAUUGCCGAUCGGCGUCCAUUUUUUCCCCAUAUUUUCAUGUUUUGUUGAGAAAAGGGGGUUUUUACUAUAUGUAAUGAGUCAACUAUUUUAUACUGCCCACUUUGUACUGUCCAUCUGCAUGUAUUUGCUCUGACUAACAGUGAGCCUGAACUGAUAUGCUGCAAUCUAUACCUUGACACUGCUGAAUCAUGCAGUUUUGUGCAGAGCGACUUAUUUAUAUGCGACUGAUAGAAACUGGGUGAAACAAUCUGGUUUUAGCAUGCCACAUCUCCUGCAAUUCUUAAAUCUAUACAUGAACAAUUCAUUUAAUUCAUUGGUGAAGUCAUUGUGUUUCACAGGUGGUACAUGGACUGUUCAAAUGUCGGUAC